CCCCUCAGAAAACCUCGUUCUCCCCUACGAGCAAUCAUCCCCACUAUUUAGUGCCUCUUCAGUUUUCUGAAGUUCUUUGAUCCAAAAAUGUCACACUCCUCCAUUUCUCACCACCACCAAAUCUUUGCUUUCAACCAUCUCCGCCACCACCAAUCUCCUACUCCAUUACUACUUCUCCGUCCCAAAACCAAUACUUACUUUGCAGCAAAAAUAACUGCAAAUUUGGCAGGGAAAUCCAAAUCAAAUCUUAGUGCAGUUGCCCCAAUAUCGAAUCAUUCUUCUUCAUCAUCAUCAACCUCUACUGCCCCCAUCACAUUAAGAGGUCUAGGGUUACAACCUACACCCAAAUUAGGGUUAUUUUCCAUUCUCUUUGUUCUCUCUAUGGUAUUUGGAUCAUUGCUUUCGUUAAUUAUUGUUUCAAUUCCAGCUCUCCCUAGUUUGAGGAGAUUGGGUAUUUCGAUGGAAAAACUAUCCAAAGUGGUUUCUGAAGAAGUACCUGGGACAUUGUCUUCGCUCAAACUAUCUGGUUUGGAGAUUACUGAGUUAACUCAACAACUUGGGGGUAUCAGGCAAAAGAUAUUUGGUAAUCAAAAUGGUGGGAAGGGUGGAGGAAAGAGGAGGAACCAACGGAAUGCCGAGGGAGGGAGGGAGAAUUGUGGUGUCAGUUCAUGAUAGGCAAUUCCAAUUCCGGUAAGUGGUGGUUGUGGAGUCCAGCUUCCCAACCAAUUUCUUUCUUUCUUUCGGAGGAGAAAUUUAGGAGUUUGUACUUGCUUCUGCAGAUUGAUUGAGAAGUGAGACUGAAAAAAAUCAGAGUAGAAAGGAAGGUGAUGAACCUGAAUAGUUCUUCCAAGACUGAUAGGAGAAGCUUGAGCAAAUACAAGGUCACCAAGAACAGCUUGUUUGAGAUGAUUGAUAGUCAAUUGGAUACCAGCUACUCUUCUGUAACCAGAUGCCAUAUGAGCUCCCAUACUCGCUAUCCCUUCGGCUAUCAUCGCUGAUACUCCUCCAUGUAACACCUUAAAUGGCUGUUUUUAUAUCCAGAUAACAUAAACUUAGUAUGAUAUGUAUAUGAAUCAGAAUUUUAUA